GUACCGUGCGGAUCGCGUGAAUUCAGUCGCUGCGAGAAAAAUACGAAUAACUGCUGAAAAUCAAUAGCAUAAUUAACAAAUUAACUGUGAAGCAAUAGAGUUGCCGUCAAAGUUUGUGCACGGUCGAACAUUUGAUGAGGAGAAGGAAGAACCAGUUGCAGUAUUAAAACGAAACCAAGAGCAGCUUUAGAAAUUUUACUGAAAGCUUUUCAAUAUCAAAAACGAACGAAACUCUUAAUACACAAGUAAAUACGAACCAAGCGAAAUGGAGAACUUCACACCCAAGGAGGUGAAGAUCCUCGAGACGGUCGAGGACAUUCAGGAGCGACGUGAGCAGGUGCUGUCCCGCUACAAUGAGUUCAAGAUCGAGACGCGCCAGAAGCGCGAGAAGCUCGAGGAUUCGCGCCGUUUCCAGUACUUCAAGCGAGAUGCCGACGAGUUGGAAUCUUGGAUCCACGAGAAACUGCAGGCGGCCAGCGAGGAGAGCUAUCGCGAUCCCACCAAUCUGCAGGCCAAGAUCCAGAAGCACCAGGCUUUCGAGGCGGAAGUGUCGGCGCACAGCAAUGCCAUCGUAUCGCUGGACAACACCGGCCAGGAGAUGAUCAACCAGCAGCACUUUGCCUCUGAGACGAUCCAGCGUCGUCUUGAUGAGCUGCACCAGCUGUGGGAGCUGCUCCUCAGUCGUCUGGCCGAAAAGGGUUUGAAGCUGCAGCAGGCACUUGUCCUAGUGCAGUUCCUGCGCCAGUGCGAGGAAGUCAUGUUCUGGAUCAAGGACAAGGAGACCUUUGUCACGGCCGACGAGUUUGGUCAAGAUCUGGAGCAUGUGGAGGUGCUGCAGCGUAAAUUUGACGAGUUCCAGAAGGACAUGGCCUCACAGGAGUACCGCGUAACGGAGGUUAACCAGCUGGCCGACAAGUUGGUCCAGGACGGCCAUCCCGAACGCGAUACAAUCACCAAGCGCAAGGAGGAGCUCAACGAAGCCUGGCAAAGGCUUAAGCAGCUGGCCAUUGUGCGCCAGGAGAAGCUCUUUGGAGCCCACGAGAUCCAGCGCUUCAAUCGGGAUGCUGACGAGACUGUGGCCUGGAUUGCCGAGAAGGAUGUGGUGCUAUCGUCCGAUGACUAUGGCAGGGACUUGGCCAGCGUCCAGGCCCUGCAGCGCAAGCACGAGGGUGUCGAGCGCGAUCUGGCUGCUUUGGAGGAUAAGGUUUCUACUCUGGGAGCCGAGGCCCAGCGACUGUGCUCCAUCCAUGCCGAUCACAGUGACCAGAUCCGCGACAAGCAGGCGGAGAUUGCCAACUACUGGCAGAGCCUUACCGCGAAGGCACGCGAGCGCAAGCAGAAACUGGAUGAAUCCUACUACCUGCACCGCUUCCUGGCCGACUUCCGCGAUCUGGUGUCCUGGAUCAAUGGCAUGAAGGCCAUCAUCUCGGCCGACGAGCUGGCCAAGGAUGUGGCCGGUGCCGAGGCUCUGCUGGAACGCCAUCAGGAGCACAAGGGAGAGAUCGAUGCCCGCGAGGAUAGCUUCAAGCUAACCACCGAGUCUGGACAGAAGCUGCUGGAGCGGGAGCACUAUGCCGCCGCCGAGAUCCAGGAGAAGCUGGCGGCUCUGGAGAACGACAAGAGCUCACUGCUGGCACUGUGGGAGGAUCGUCGCAUCCUGUACGAACAGUGCAUGGAUCUUCAGCUCUUUUACCGCGAUACUGAGCAGGCCGACACCUGGAUGGCCAAGCAGGAGGCUUUCCUGGCCAACGAAGACCUGGGUGACUCCCUGGACUCGGUGGAGGCCCUGAUCAAGAAGCACGAGGACUUUGAGAAGAGCCUGGCCGCUCAGGAGGAGAAGAUCAAGGCUUUGGACAUCUUCGCCACCAAGCUGAUCGAUGGCCAGCACUAUGCCGCCGACGAUGUGGCCCAGCGUCGCCAGAUGCUGCUUGCCCGCCGUGCUGCCCUCCAGGAGAAGUCUUCGAAGCGCCGCCAGCUGCUGGAGGACUCCAAUCGCUACCAGCAGUUCGAGCGGGACUGUGACGAGACCAAGGGCUGGAUCAGCGAGAAACUCAAGUUCGCCACGGACGACAGCUAUCUGGAUCCCACAAAUCUCAACGGCAAGAUGCAGAAGCACCAGAAUUUCGAGCACGAACUGAAUGCCAACAAGUCGCGCAUUGAAGACAUCACCAAUGUGGGCACCGAGCUGAUUGAGAAGCAGCACUAUGCCGCCGAUCAGAUCAACACUCGCAUGCAGGAGAUCGUCGUGCUGUGGGAGACGCUCGUCCAGGCCUCGGACAAGAAGGGCACCAAGCUGAAUGAGGCCUGCCAGCAGCAGCAGUUCAAUCGCACCAUUGAGGACAUUGAGCUGUGGCUCAGCGAGAUUGAGGGUCAGCUGCUGUCGGAGGAUCAUGGCAAGGACCUGACCUCUGUCCAGAAUCUGCAGAAGAAGCAUGCUCUGCUGGAGGCCGAUGUGAUGGCCCAUCAGGAUCGCAUUGAGAGCAUCAAGGUGGCGGCUAAUAAGUUCAUCGAAUCGGGUCACUUUGAUGCUGAUAACAUCCGCAACAAGGAGGGCAACCUCUCGGCCCGCUAUGCCGCUCUCGCCGCACCCAUGGGCGAGAGGAAGCAGCAUCUGUUGGACUCGCUUCAAGUGCAACAGCUUUUCCGUGAUUUGGAAGACGAGGCAGCCUGGAUUCGGGAGAAGGAACCAAUUGCUGCAUCCACGAACCGCGGUCGUGACUUGAUUGGCGUCCAAAACCUGAUUAAGAAGCAUCAGGCCGUUCUUGCCGAGAUCAAUAACCAUGAGGCUCGCCUGCUGAAUGUGAUUAGCUCGGGUGAAAAUAUGCUCAAGGAUCAGCCCUUCGCCAGUGACGACAUCCGCCAGCGACUGGAGGCCCUGCAAGAGCAGUGGAACACCCUGAAGGACAAGUCCAAUCAGCGCAAGCAGGAUUUAGAUGACUCACUGCAGGCUCAUCAGUACUUUGCCGAUGCCAACGAGGCGGAGUCUUGGAUGCGCGAGAAGGAACCAAUUGCCACUGGCAGUGAUUAUGGCAAGGACGAGGAUUCCUCGGAGGCCCUGCUCAAGAAGCAUGAGGCUCUGGUCUCCGAUCUGGAGGCCUUUGGCAACACCAUCCAGGGACUGCAAGAGCAGGCCAAGAACUGCCGGCAGCAGGAGACGCCCGUGGUGGACAUCACCGGCAAGGAGUGCGUUGUGGCUCUGUAUGACUACACCGAGAAAUCCCCCCGCGAGGUGUCCAUGAAGAAGGGCGAUGUUCUCACCCUGCUGAACUCGAACAACAAGGACUGGUGGAAGGUGGAGGUCAACGAUCGCCAGGGCUUUGUUCCGGCUGCCUACAUCAAGAAGAUUGAGGCUGGACUGAGCGCCUCGCAGCAGAAUCUGGUGGAUAACCAUUCGAUUGCCAAGCGCCAGAACCAAAUCAAUUCGCAGUACGACAACCUGCUGGCCCUGGCCCGCGAGCGCCAAAACAAGCUGAACGAGACCGUUAAGGCUUACGUGCUGGUUCGCGAGGCUGCCGAUUUGGCCCAGUGGAUUCGGGACAAGGAGAACCAUGCCCAGAUCGCUGAUGUUGUGGGCGAGGAUCUCGAGGAGGUGGAGGUACUGCAAAAGAAGUUUGACGACUUCAAUGACGAUCUGAAGGCCAACGAGGUGCGUCUGGCCAACAUGAACGAGAUUGCCGUGCAGCUGACUUCCCUGGGACAGACUGAGGCCGCUCUGAAGAUCCAAACCCAGAUGCAGGAUCUCAACGAGAAGUGGAACAAUCUGCAGACCCUCACCGCCGAGAAGGCCAGCCAGCUGGGCUCUGCCCACGAGGUGCAGCGCUUCCAUCGCGACAUUGAUGAGACCAAGGACUGGAUUGCCGAGAAGGCCAAUGCCUUGAACAACGAUGAUUUGGGCAAGGAUCUGCGCAGCGUCCAGACCCUGCAGCGCAAGCACGAGGGCGUGGAACGUGAUCUGGCCGCCUUGCGUGACAAGAUCCGUCAGCUGGAUGAGACCGCAAACAGGCUGAUGCAAUCGCAUCCCGACACUGCCGAGCAGACGUACGCCAAGCAAAAGGAGAUCAAUGAGAUGUGGGACCAGAUAAUCACCAAGUCCACAGCCCGCAAGGAGAAGCUACUGGACUCGUACGACCUCCAGCGAUUCCUGAGCGAUUAUCGCGAUCUGCUGGCCUGGAUCAACUCGAUGAUGAGCCUGGUCACCUCCGAUGAGCUGGCCAACGAUGUUACCGGUGCCGAGGCUCUGAUUGAACGUCAUCAGGAACAUCGCACCGAGAUCGAUGCCCGUGCCGGCACCUUCGGAGCCUUCGAGCAGUUUGGCAACGAGCUGCUGCAGGCUAAUCAUUAUGCCUCGCCCGAGAUCAAGGAGAAAAUCGAGGAUCUGGCCAAGGCACGCGAGGAUUUGGAGAAGGCCUGGACAGAGCGCCGUCUGCAGCUGGAGCAGAAUUUGGAUCUGCAGCUAUACAUGCGCGACUGUGAGCUGGCCGAGUCAUGGAUGUCGGCCCGCGAGGCCUUCCUCAAUGCGGACGACGAUGCCAAUGCCGGUGGCAAUGUGGAGGCUCUGAUCAAGAAGCACGAGGACUUUGACAAGGCCAUCAACGGGCAUGAGCAGAAAAUUGCUGCCCUGCAGACGGUGGCGGAUCAGUUAAUUGCCCAGAACCAUUAUGCCUCCAACCUGGUUGACGACAAGCGCAAGCAGGUGCUGGAGCGCUGGCGUCACCUCAAGGACGGGCUCAUCGAGAAGCGCUCGAAGCUGGGCGAUGAGCAGACUCUGCAGCAAUUCUCGCGCGAUGCCGAUGAGAUCGAGAACUGGAUCGCUGAGAAGCUGCAACUGGCCACCGAGGAGAGCUACAAGGAUCCGGCCAACAUCCAAUCGAAGCACCAGAAACACCAGGCCUUCGAGGCAGAGUUGGCGGCCAAUGCCGAUCGCAUUCAGAGUGUUCUGGCCAUGGGCGGUAAUCUUAUUGACAAGAAGCAGUGCAGCGGAUCGGAGGAUGCGGUGCAGAAGCGACUGACCCAGAUCGCCGAUCAGUGGGAGUAUCUGACCCACAAGACCACCGAGAAGUCGCUGAAGCUUAAGGAGGCCAAUAAGCAGCGCACCUAUAUCGCUGCUGUCAAGGAUUUGGACUUCUGGUUGGGCGAGGUCGAGAGUCUGUUGACCACUGAGGAUUCUGGUAAGGAUUUGGCCUCUGUCCAAAACCUCAUGAAGAAGCAUCAGUUGGUCGAGGCGGAUAUCGUGGCGCACGAAGACCGCAUCAAGGACAUGAACAACCAGGCCGAUUCCUUGGUGGAGAGCGGCCAGUUCGAUACUGCCGGCAUCCAGGAGAAGCGCCAGAGCAUUAAUGAGCGCUACGAGCGCAUUUGCAACCUGGCUGCCCAUCGUCAGGCGCGUCUCAACGAGGCCCUGACCCUGCAUCAGUUCUUCCGCGACAUUGCCGACGAGGAGAGCUGGAUCAAGGAGAAGAAGCUUCUGGUUGGCUCCGACGAUUACGGUCGCGAUCUAACUGGAGUUCAGAACCUCAAGAAGAAGCACAAGCGCUUGGAGGCUGAGCUGGGCUCCCAUGAACCGGCCAUCCAGGCCGUGCAAGAGGCCGGUGAGAAGCUAAUGGAUGUCUCUAAUCUGGGUGUGCCCGAGAUUGAACAGCGCUUGAAGGCUCUAAACCAGGCCUGGGCCGAGCUGAAGAACCUGGCUGCCACGCGCGGCCAAAAGCUGGAUGAGUCGUUGACUUACCAGCAGUUCCUGGCCCAGGUGGAGGAGGAGGAGGCCUGGAUCACCGAGAAGCAACAGCUGCUGUCCGUGGAGGAUUACGGCGACUCGAUGGCCGCCGUUCAGGGUCUGCUUAAGAAGCACGACGCCUUCGAGACCGACUUUACUGCCCACAAGGAUCGCUGCUCGUUGAUCUGCGAUCAGGGUAGCGAGUUGGUGGAGGCCAAGAACCACCAUGGCGACUCCAUUGCCCAGCGCUGCCAGCAGCUGCGCCACAAGCUGGACAACCUGUCGGCUUUGGCCGCUCGCCGCAAGGGCGCUCUGUUGGACAACUCUGCCUAUUUGCAGUUCAUGUGGAAGGCCGAUGUGGUGGAAAGCUGGAUCGACGACAAGGAGAACUAUGUGCGCUCUGAUGAGUACGGUCGCGACCUGUCCACCGUGCAGACGCUGUUGACCAAGCAGGAGACAUUCGAUGCAGGUCUCAAUGCCUUCGAGCAGGAGGGCAUCCACAAUAUAACGGCGCUGAAGGACCAACUCAUCAACGCCAGCCAUGCUCAGUCGCCGGCUAUCCUCAAGCGUCAUGGUGACGUUAUUGCCAGGUGGCAGAAACUGCGCGACGCCUCCGAUACGCGCAAGCAACGACUGCUGGCCAUGCAGGAGCAGUUCCGCCAGAUCGAGGAACUCUACUUGACAUUUGCCAAGAAAGCUUCGGCCUUCAAUUCUUGGUUCGAAAAUGCCGAGGAGGAUCUCACCGAUCCUGUUCGCUGCAAUUCGAUCGAAGAAAUCCGCGCCCUGCGCGACGCCCACGCCCAAUUCCAGGCGUCACUGUCGUCGGCCGAAGCUGACUUCAAGGCAUUGGCAGCACUCGACCAGAAGAUCAAGAGCUUUAAUGUUGGACCCAAUCCCUACACAUGGUUCACCAUGGAAGCUCUUGAGGAGACCUGGCGUAAUCUGCAAAAGAUCAUAGAGGAACGCGAUGGGGAACUUGCCAAGGAGGCCAAGCGUCAGGAGGAGAACGACAAGCUGCGCAAGGAGUUUGCCAAGCACGCCAAUCUCUUCCACCAGUGGCUGACAGAGACAAGAUAUUAUAUGCUGGGUUAUAACCGUCAAGGAACGUCCAUGAUGGAAGGCUCCGGUUCCCUGGAACAGCAACUGGAGGCGCUUCGCGUCAAGGCCACCGAGGUGCGUGCCCGUCGUGUCGAUCUGAAGAAGAUCGAGGAGCUGGGCGCGCUCCUAGAGGAGCAUCUGAUCCUGGACAAUCGCUACACGGAACACUCGACGGUGGGCCUGGCCCAGCAGUGGGAUCAGCUCGAUCAGCUAUCCAUGCGCAUGCAGCACAAUUUGGAGCAGCAGAUCCAGGCGCGCAACCACUCGGGCGUCUCCGAGGACUCGCUUAAGGAGUUCUCAAUGAUGUUCAAGCACUUUGACAAGGAUAAGAGCGGCAAGCUAAACCACCAGGAGUUCAAAUCCUGCCUGCGCGCCCUCGGCUACGAUCUGCCCAUGGUUGAGGAAGGCCAACCGGAUCCGGAAUUCGAGGCCAUACUCGAUGUGGUGGACAAUACCCGCGAUGGCUAUGUUUCCCUCCAGGAAUACAUUGCGUUCAUGAUCUCCAAGGAGACGGAGAACGUGCAGUCCUACGAGGAAAUCGAGAAUGCCUUCCGCGCCAUCACUGCCGCCGACCGCCCCUACGUUACCAAGGAGGAGCUCUACUGCAACCUCACCAAGGACAUGGCGGACUAUUGUGUGCAGCGCAUGAAACCCUUCCAGGAACCGCGAUCCGGCCAGCCCAUCAAGGAUGCCCUGGACUACAUCGACUUUACGCGAACGCUAUUCCAGAAUUAAAGAACCGAACCACCCUGUUCUGGUUCAGUGGCGCCUGAGAAGCAUAUUGUCUUACAAUCUAAAUCUAUUUCUAAAGCAAACAAAGAAAAGUAAACAAAAAUAUAUAUAUAUUUACACCAUUAUUUUCAAUAAUUUAGUCUCUAAGUCCAAACUGUUUAAUGCUUAUUUAAGAACCUAUGCCACAAUGAACCUAAAUUCAACAAUAGCACCGCACACUGCAAUACAUAUUUAUCAAAAAUGACUAUAAACCCUUUUGUAGUUUUUUGCAUUUAUUUACCGAAAAGAAAGUAUCUUAAAUUUCAGUUUUGUCGCCGGAGAAGAGUAUUUAAUCGAGGAUAUAAUCAAUGCCUGCAAUGAGAGAAUAUAUAAAUAAAGCUUAGCUUCCAGUAUAAUCGAGCAAAAACUCUCAAAGUUUCCAUACUAAAUGUUCGUGUAACCUUGCCACUUGAGCAUACAAAAAUACAAUUGAAAUACAAAGAAAUUUAAGAUACUAUUGCUGCUUACCCACGAAAAUACAUACAUACAUAAUAAACAGCAUUCAGACUUUGUGUUUUCUACGUGUAUUCGAAACGAAAGUAGUAAACUUUUUCAAAAAACCAACAAAAAUAUAUAAAUAAGAAAAAAGGAAUACAGUAAAUAUUUGCCUCUGUAUUGAUCGUAUAUUUACAAUCCGUGAAUUUGCAAAAAUAAAUAUCGCUGCAUGUCGAAAAAAAUGUA